CACGAUUCUGAUCCAAAAAGGCUAACUCUUUAUUGUUUUAUUUACAAAUCGCCGUUGUUGCAGAUAUAAGCCGAAAAGCACGAAAACAAAACACACAGUAAGAGUCUGAAGAAUUGGUCGGGUGGGAGGGAAAGAGGUUUUUAAUUGUCACCUGUCUCCUAAAUCGCGGCCAUUACGCCGCCAAAAGAUCUCAGAGAUUCUGAUUGGGCCGCCAUUGAUGAACCCCGAACCCACCAGUCACAGACAUAACGUGAAUGUUCUGUCUAUUUUCAAGCUCCCUUUAUAUUUAUCAUCACACGGAGAAACUUGAAAAACAACAUUUCUUGUUACUGGGGUUUGAAGAAACCAAAUCAAAACCCGACCCAAUUCCUCGUCGGCCAUCAGAAUUUGACUUCUUGUUGCCUCAUUGCUUCUUACGGAGACAAAGGUUCUACAUUGAGGGAUUUACGGUCCGUGAACCGCGUGGAGGCUACAAGAAGAAGGUUAUAUAAAAAAGGAACGAGCUUUAUCAGCUUUUUUUUGAAGUUGUGACUGAAAUGAAGAGUGUAGAAAGAAGUGAAGUUGAUGAUGUGUUCUUUGAUUCAUCUGAUGUUUUGUCCAUCGAUGAACAAGUAGUUGAAGCUGAGUUCCAAGUUUGGUCAGAUGAGCCAGAGAGUGUCGUGGAACGUCGUGAGCGGUUUCUCAAGAAACUUGGUCUGUUCGAGGAGAAACCGGACUCGUUGUGUUUGGAGAGGAUAAACGAUUACAGCGAUGAGGUUACUACAAGCUCUUCAGAGUCAUCUUUUGGUGAAAGUGAGUUGCAAUGUUGUGCUAGAGAGGAGAACUACGGAUCAACAAACUCAAUGUCUGAUGAGGAAUUAGAAGAAGAGAAUGACUCAGAGCAAAACUCGAGUAUAGCUUCUCCGAGUCCAUCGCUUAGUUUCAGCAAGAAGAUGAGUGCGAAGAAAUGGUUGUUCGAGUGCUUCGUAGGAGAAACGGAUAAAGAUUUGGAAUACAAGUCUAAGGAAGAAGCGACGAUGAGUAAAGUGAAAGUGAAGAGUAUCAAUAAGAGUUACGUUGAGUUAUCUGCUGCUUACAAGGUACAACAGAUUAAUGGACAUAAAGGGAAAAUUUGGGCGAUGAAGUUUAGUCCUGAUGGUAAAUUCUUAGCAACAGGAGGCGAAGAUGGAGUUGUAAAGAUAUGGCGAAUCACGCUAUUGGAUUCUCUGUGUGCCUCUUUUCUUCAGCAAGAGACAAUUAGUCAACAAGAAGCAUUGGUUCUGUUCCCUCAGAAAGCUUUUCAUAUCGAAGAAACACCGUUUCAAGAACUUUAUGCUCACAACGGAGAUGUCUUGGACUUAGCAUGGUCUUCAGACUCAAAUUUGCUUCUUUCGGCUUCUAAGGACAAGACAGUCAGGUUAUGGAAGAUUGGUUGUGAUCAUUGUCUUCAUAUCUUCCAUCACAACAACUACGUGACUUGUGUUCAAUUCAAUCCUGUGAUUAAGAACAACUUCGUCAGCGGAUCUAUAGAUGGAAAAGCUCGAAUCUGGGGUUUAUCAGAACAGAGAGUCGUCGCUUGGACCGAUGUUCGUGAUUCCAUUUCUGCGAUCUGUUACCAACCAAACGGAAAUGGGAUCGUCGUUGGUUGUAUCACCGGAAAUUGCAGGUUUUAUCAAAUCUCAGGAAGCGAUGUUGUAAUGGAGGAUCAGAUAAUUAUCCGGGGACGGAACAGAAUCACCGCCGUGGAGUUUUGUCCUGGAAGCUCCGAGAAACUCAUGGUAUCCUCCGACAAUUCGAAGCUCCGGAUCUUUGAUAGAUCCCAAAUCCUUCACAAAUUCAAAGCCUCAUCGAAAUUCAAGAAACAAUCGUCGGCGUCGUUCGUUUCUUCCGCCGGGAAACAUAUUUUAUCACUCCGACGAGGUCUCGGAGUCUAUCUCUGGAACAACGAUGGGUAUUCGGCGAAGAAACGCGCGAAAUCGUCGAGUUCCUUCGAGUAUUUUAACUCGCCGGGUGUUUCCGCGGCGGCGGCUUGGUGUCCGACGGCAAUGGAAGUAUCAAGAGUCGCCGGCGAUGAUGACGAAUCACGGCGAGCUUUGAGACUACUACAGAGCUCCGGGAGAUUGUCUCGUUCGUCUCGUGUAACCGCCACGUGGCCGGAGGAGAAGCUCACCUCCGAUGGCGGAAGUUGCGAUGGUACCAUCUCCGUCGGAGAAUACGAUUUUGCCGGCGCGUGGAGACUGGUGAUCGUGACGGCGAGUUUGGAUGGGAUGAUUAGGACAUUUCAUAACUAUGGAAUGCCACGUAGGUUGUAGAGAUCGAUAGGUUAUUGCGUAAUUUUCUGACACGUACAUAUAUAUAUUGAGUGUAAAGUUAACAUUAUCCCAAUUCUCAACGUGCUACAAACACAAUGGAUUCUGCAUUGUUUAGUAAAAAACUUUUGUUGAUAAAUAGAUUUUUAACACAUGCGUUGGC